GUCCCCACAUCCAGCAGCCCCUAUCCCUCUCUCUCGGUCUCUCCCGUCCGCACGCGCCGCCCCGCCGGCGGCCUCGCGGCCUCGCAGGCUCCCUCCUCCGCACGCGCCUCCUAUCGCCGGCGAGACCAGGCGCCUUUUUCCCCGCCGCCGCGUCCGUCGCCACGGCCGACCCUCCUCCACCGCACCAGCACCAAGAACAAGUGGAUCGAGGAGUGGAACGCCGGCCGGGAGAACCUCGAGUUCAACUUCUGCUGGACGCGCCGCAGCCUCGCCGUCGUCGGCCUCUUCGACCUCGCCGUCCCCAUCCUUGUCUACAAGGGCAUCGUCCACGAAUUCACCAUGGACAGGUACAAUAGCGACUACUACGACGAACAGGAGUACAACAUCUUUUCCCAGGAGACGUCGUAUCCUCUGACAGCCCCUAGCCACUCGACUCCUAGGGGACCUGGUCUACAAAACCUAGACCUCAACUCUCAGGCCGACAGCUUCCCGCACAUGGACUCCACUGAAAUCCUACAAUCAGAGAAAGGUGACAGUGAGGCACGGCUACCUCCUCUUCCCCCAAGAUCAAGCCAUGCACCGUUCCAGCCUCCUCGUCAAGGCGGUGGUGGGAGGGGACCUGGCCGUGGAGCAUGCCAGGCUGCGGGCAGACAAGGUCACCGCAACUCCCGUAACUCCCUCAAUAGUAGAGCUGCAGCCGGCCGCGUGCCACAAGAAUAUGCUCCUCCGGCCCAGUUCAAUCCUCCGGUGGUUGGUGGCAGAAGCCGUGGUCGAGGCAGAAGACAUCGCUGAGCUACUUCAUGUAGACGCUUUAGAUGAUUUGUACAUAGAGAAGCAGCCGAGAAGAUAGUGGCAAAAAGAAUAGCCUUUUGUAUAGGUGGUUUCCAGUUAAAUUUGCUGGAAAUCUUUAUUCAUGUCAGGUUUCGUUUGCAUAAGCAAAUAGUGCCCCGGAUUCAGCUUGUCAAUUACAAUUGCUGCAAUAUCUGUCAAUUACAAUUGAAACAAAUUUGAACAAAAAUAUUCCUGACGACAGCUGCUUGCUCAACAUUGUUCUCAAUUUAAUUUAAAAGGGGCAGAUCUCUUGCUCAUUUUUACCAUUAA